GUUAUUGGGCACCUUAGCUCCUAACCCAGCCUUACAGACGAGACCCGACCCAGCUUUCGGGGACAUUCAUUUGUUUCCACGAUCCAACGAAACCUCGAUUUUAUUCAAGUCCUACUGCAAUUUGGGACGCCCCCAGGCAAAGCAUCGCCCGUACCUGUCUCUCGCUUGUUCACCUCCCCGUCUUUCAACCAUGACCGACACAACACCCACCAACGGACCCGACGCGCUGGACGAGACCCUCAAGCGCCUCUCGAACAAACCUGGCGUUAAGGCGACCGUCAUCCUCGACCGAAUCACGGGCGCGAUACUACGAACGAGCGGUCAGCUGUCGUCUUUCAACGCAGCAACGCUACAGACUUCCGGAGGAGGCUCCUUCUCGGGCGAGGGCGCCGCCGCGCAGCAGCAGCAGAACGGCGAGGAGCAACCGCAGGGCCUGGAGGACUUUGCCGCAAAGGUCUGGAACUGGGUGAAUGCGUCGGGCACCCUGGUGUUAGAUCUAGAUACCGAGGAUGAGCUGAAGCUACUGAGACUACGAACGAAGAAACAGGAGCUGGUCAUCGUACCGGAUCCGAAGUACCUACUCAUCGUGGUACAUGACACACCGCCGGCUUGAAGAAUCUCAAGGUCUGACUCACGAUUUUGGCAUCGGUCAGCGUUUCACGGACUUAUUUUAUCCUCAUUGGCUUCACCGAGCGGACGUCCUUCAGGAGGAUUUGCAUUUGCCAAGCCGAAGGGUAGAGGGCCAGGACUGGCAUGCUCAUUGGUCGGCCCCAAGACUAUCGUAUUUACACAAUACGCAGGAAAGGGAAACCGAGAAACCCUCUUCAAGCUGCCAAGCUGCAAGCUCUACGCACAUACACACAUGGAAAACAAACAAGGGGGGGAGAGAGAUAGCUCGGCAUGGACGGUCGAGGCUGGCGCGAUUACGAAUGAUACCCUGAUAUUACCAUCCGCCACGACCACCUAGCAUAUACUUCGUACGUCCGGAAUGAAGCCGGAGCGGGUGUUCCGCGGGCGAUCGCGGCCAGGACCGCGGCCCUGCUGGAUAGCUCGAGAAAAUGCAAGAGAUGAGAUACAAGUGCAAACUAAAA